AUGGGGCCGCCGCCCGGGGCCGGGGUCUUGUGCCGCGGUGGCUGCGGCUUUUCCCGAUUGCUGGCGUGGUGCUUCCUGCUUGCUCUGAGUCCCCAAGCCCCCGGCUCCCGGGGGGCCGAGGCUGUGUGGACCGCGUACCUCAACGUGUCCUGGCGGGUUCCGCACACCGGAGUGAACCGCACGGUGUGGGAGCUGAGCGAGGAGGGCGUGUACGGCCAAGAUUCGCCGCUCGAGCCCGUGGCCGGGGUCCUGGUGCCGCCCGACGGGCCGGGGGCGCUCAACGCCUGUAACCCACACACGAAUUUCACGGUGCCCACGGUCCCGGGGGACUGGGGAAGCGCCGUGCAGGUCUCUUGGUUGGCCCUCAUCCAGCGCGGCGGGGGCUGCACCUUCGCAGACAAGAUCCAUCUGGCUUACGAGAGAGGGGCGUCUGGAGCCGUCAUCUUUAACUUCCCGGGGACCCGCAAUGAGGUCAUCCCCAUGUCUCACCCGGGUGCAGGAGACAUUGUUGCAAUCAUGAUUGGCAAUCUGAAAGGAACAAAAAUUCUACAGUCCAUUCAAAGAGGCAUACAAGUAACAAUGGUCAUCGAAGUAGGGAAGAAACAUGGCCCUUGGGUGAAUCACUAUUCAAUUUUCUUCGUCUCUGUGUCCUUUUUUAUUAUUACGGCAGCAACUGUAGGCUAUUUUAUCUUUUAUUCUGCUCGAAGAUUACGGAAUGCAAGAGCUCAAAGCAGGAAACAGAGACAACUAAAGGCAGAUGCUAAAAAAGCUAUUGGAAGGCUUCAACUGCGUACACUGAAACAAGGAGACAAGGAAAUUGGUCCUGAUGGAGAUAGUUGUGCUGUGUGUAUUGAACUAUAUAAACCAAAUGAUUUGGUGCGCAUCUUAACCUGCAACCAUAUUUUCCAUAAGACAUGUGUUGACCCUUGGCUGUUAGAACACAGAACUUGCCCCAUGUGCAAAUGUGACAUACUCAAAGCUUUGGGAAUUGAGGCGGAUGUUGAAGAUGGACCAGUGUCUUUACAAGUCCCUGUAUCCAAUGAAAUAUCAAAUAGUGCCUCUCCUCACGAAGAGGAUAAUCGCAGUGAGACUGCAUCGUCUGGAUAUGCUUCUGUUCAGGGAGCAGAUGAGCCACCUUUGGAAGAACACGUGCAGUCAGCAAAUGAAAAUCUACAGCUGGUAAACCAUGAGGCAAGUUCCGUGGCAGUGGAUGUUGUUCCUCAUGUUGACAACCCAACUUUUGAAGAAGAUGAAACUCCUGAUCAAGAGACUGCAGUUCGAGAAAUUAAAUCCUAAAAUCUGUGUCAAUAGAAAACUUGAAACUUUAGUAAUAACAACAGAACUGCCAAUCAGGGCUUAGUUUACUAUUAAUGAACUGGAUAAACUUAAUUAAAUAAGAAAGAUACUGAAAGUGCUGAGAUGACAAAUAUUAUGCUAUAGUUAAAUUACGUAAAAUAUUUAAUCUAUUAACUUUUUUCCACAAACUCAUAAUGUUUUUCAUAGGCAAGUUUCCUCUCAAUAGUGAUAGCAACAUUUUUAAACAUUUAAAACUCUCUUCAAGUAGUCAUGUUUUUCAUUUACAACAAUUUUGUUAUAAAAACGUUGCUUUUAAAAUGUGGAGUAGCUGUGAUCACUUUAUUUUAUGAUAGUAUCUUAAUUAAAAAUACUACUAUUUUAGCUUGGGCUAUAUGUGUCAGGGUUUUUCUCCAGGUGCUUAUAUUGAUCUGGAAUUGUAAUGUAAAAAGCAAUGCAAACUUAGGCUAGUACCUCAUGAAAUGUCUUUUUAAGCUACAUUAAGUUGAUAGAACAAGAUUAAAACAAAAUAUUCAUUUUAACUAUUUCUUGUUUUUAAAAUUAAGCUAAAUGUACUUCACUUGAGUGUGGAGCAUAGUUUGUCAAAGAAUAUGGACUGGACUGGAUUGAUUGGUAUAUUAAUGACACCAAUUUGACACAAGUUUAUAGACAGAAAGUUUCCUUAUAAAAAUGCUGUGUAACUAUUUCUCAAAGUUAUGGGAUUUUCAAAAGCAGAGUAUGUAAAGUAUCAUACUAUUUGAAAAUGAUAAUGAGUAAGUCACACAAAAAUUGGUAAUUGAUCCUUGUGUAUGAAUUAAGUCUGCAGAAAUUAGUCUGCAGAAAAUGUUUUCCAAACAAUGUUGACUUUGAAAAUUUAGUUUACAUUUUACCUAAAUGGGCUAAUUACAUUAGGUAAAGUAAAAUUCUGUCCAUAUAGCUGUAAAUUUUGUGAAUGCAUUUUCUUGGUGUUUGAAAAAGAAUUGGGGGGGGGAGAAUUCCAGGUGCCUUAAUAUAAAGUUUGAAGCUUUCAUCCACCAAAG